AUGGAUAUAAACGACAUCAAGAGUACCGUGGCGAACCUGACCUUGUAUGACAUCAAGGCCGGGUUCCGCAAGGCCCAGAAUGGUACAUCCGACCCCAACCCGCCCCAAACCCUCAACGAGAUCAUGCCCAUGAUCUACCGCCGAUUCACCGAGAAGGCGGCCGAGGAGUGGCGCCAGAUCUACAAGGCCCUCCAGCUGCUCGAGUUCCUGGUCAAGCACGGGUCCGAGCGUGUCAUCGACGACGCCCGCGGCCACCUGACGCUGCUCAAGAUGCUCCGUCAGUUCCAGUACAUUGACCAGAACGGCAAGGACCAGGGCGUCAACGUGCGGAACCGCGCCAAGGAGCUGGCCGAGCUCCUGAGCGACGUCGACCGCAUCCGGACCGAGCGCAAGAAGGCCCGCGCCACCAAGAACAAGUACACCGGCGUCGAGGGCGGCACGUUUGGCAGCGGAGGCAGCUUCUCCAGCGGCGGCGGUCGCUACGGAGGCUUCGGCAGCGAGUCGGCCGGGGGUCCCUCGGCCAGCUUUGGCGGCUACUCGGGUGGCGUGUACGGCGACGGUGGCGGCUUCGGCGGCCAGGAGCCCAACGACUUCCGCAGCGGGGGCAGCAGGUCCGACAGGUUCGAGGAGUACGACGAGUACGACGAUGGCGGCGGUGCCGGCCGCGCCAGGUCGUCCAGGCGCGCUGGCGAGAGGCCGUCGAGGAGGGCACCCGCCGCUGCCUCCGCCGCUCCCGCUCAGCCGGCCAAGAAGAAGGAGAAGGAGCCCGAGGUCGACCUCUUCUCGUUUGACGAGCCGGCCCAGACGUCGACGCCCGCCCUGGCCGCGUCCGGCGGCGGCGGCGGCGGGUCUUCCGGUCUCGCCGACCUGGCCGGCGGCUCGUCCGCCCCCGCCGCUGCCGGCAACGACGACGACGAGUUUGACGAUUUCCAGUCGGCCGCGCCCGCCGCUGCCCCCGCCGUCACCUCGUCGGCUGCCUCGACGGCCCGGUUCGCCGCCCCGCAGCCUCAGUCGGCACCGCAGCAGGCCAACAUCAGCCAGAUGGUCAGCAUGUCGUCCAUCUCGCCCACGCCGACCCCGGGAGCCAACUACUCCGCCUUUGCCGCCCCCGCGGCCGGGGCCCCGGCAGCUCAGCCCAUGGGCUUCCAGCCGACCGGUCCCAACUACUUUGGCGGUGGCGGCAUGGCGGCGCAGUCCACGGGCGGCACCGCUGCUUCUGCGGCCGCGGGCGGCCUCGGCAGCCCCCUGUCGGCGACCUCGGCUCCCAGCGCGAAGGCGGCCGCGGGCGGCUCCAGCUCGGCUGCUGCUGGUGGCGGUGACGCCUUUGGCGCCCUGUGGGGCAAGGCCAGCGCCGGCAUCAAGAAGACCAGCACGCCCACCAACGCCCCCGCAUUGGGCCAGCUGGCCAAGGAAAAGAGCAGCGCCGGCAUCUGGGGGGCCCCGGCCUCCCAGCCGACGGGCAGUGCAGGUCCCCGUCCUGCUCCUGCUGCUCCUCAGGGCGGGUCUGCGUCCGACGACCUUCUCGGUUAG